UUCAGAUGUAUCUCCCAAACGCUACCUUAAGCUUAAUCAUCGCCAUCUAGUGAAUAUGAAUAUCAACUUCUUGUGAAACAAGUUCAAAUGUAGCUCUUUUUUUUUUGGUUACAUACGAAUAAAAUGUAGAUAAAAUGGAAGAAAAAGACAAAAAUCCUUCAGUUCAAUUGCCCAUAGGCACCCUUAGCAAUUUUCAGUCUAAUUUCACUCCAUCUUCAAAAUAGCUUAAACAUUCGCUUCAUCUGUUUACCCUGGAAGCUGAUUCUUCGAAAUUGAGAUUCGAAUCAAAAUGUGCUGUUUCUAUUUUGGGUUCUGGUUGCUAUCUGUGCUGGUGAAACCCCAAAUUGAAACUCACCAUCGAUUCCUCUAUUCCAUGUUCCUUGCUGAAUCUAAACGAAUCAAAAUGAGAAAUUCAGCUAUGGGGAAACAAGAUAUGCAGAACCUGUUGCAGAUGGGGAAACCUGCAAUCCAUUGGAGCGAAUGGGUACCUGGGAAUGAAAGCUUCGCAGAAAGCUUGCACUUUGCUCCACCAACAUGCUUCCAACAUUGCAUCCAACAACCUGGGUUACGGAAUCUAGAAACAACAUUAAAUGGACUCAUGUAUCCUCCACAAGAAACAAUCUUGCUUGAGCUGGUUAAGAUAACUUGCCGCGGGAGAGCUCUCCCUCCGAGUAUUUAAUGCAGCUGCAAACCUAGUGAUCAAACUCGAGACAUUUGGUUUUGUUAGACCAACCGGCUGAUCCACCCACUCAGUGGUAAAUGAAUUCCUCAUUUUCUAUCUUCUACUAGUAACUUUUUUUUGGUUAACUUGCUGGAGAGUUUGAAAGAAGGACCACACUAUAGUCAAAUUUUAUUUUGUUUUAGGCACUACAUCCAACAUUAGUAUGAAUAGAAAAUGAAGUUUAUGAAAUGAAUUUCCCUAUUCUCUACCUAUCAAUUAUUUUGUUUUUGGCAAACAUGCAGGAAAGUUUAAAAGAAGGGCCACAUUCUAAUCAAAUAGUUAAUGUUGCUCGAGUAGCAUUUUAUCUAAUGAAGUGCUAAAAUUCUGCAUUGAAAUACUUAAUACAUGCUUUUAUCCAUUACAACACAUAUUGUACAACAUAAGAAACUGGAUUUCUCAAUUUCUGUCAGCCUAUGUGACCUGGCAGACAGAGAAAUGGAGCAGAACAAAAUACUGUCUUAUGCCUGACAUAAACAGUUAUGAAAAAUUGCACAAGUUUCUUUUCUUAUUCUUAUCUAAGAUUGGGUUAUAAAAACACAUCUAAUAGAAUAUCUUCACAAGGAAGCUAACAAUUAAUGAUGGAUUAGACAAUGAAUAAGUGAAACACAUUUUGGCAAGUGUGGCUUAGCACAAACGAGGGCCAAAUCGUCCCGGCUGUUAUUUUGACUUGAUACAAGCUUUUUUGCUGUUUCACGAUAUAAUAAUAUUAUUUGCUUUUGUGGGUUUUACCAAUACAAAUCGGUUUAAUUGCAAUUAUUUUACGAGAAAUAAUAUUUAAAAUGAAAGCAGAAGCACUUGUCAAUAUAGAUACAAUGUAACCCUUCCCUAGCCUUGUACAAUUGCCUUCGGGAAUCCCCACAUUCCUAUCACUGGUUCACUACUAGUGGUAAACACCUAGCUGCCGAAGACUGCAUGCAGUCUAAAUUCGUUGCCCGGCAUCCUGCUCUUGCUCGAGGACGUGGAAUAUCUAUUUUGUUUUUCAAAGACCUGAAAGGGAAGAGCAUUUUCUCGAUUUCCGCUGGCAUUUCAUAGUAGAUUAUUUGCUUCUGCAGCGAUCACUGCUCAAAGAUUUGCAACAGCAAGAAUCUAGGGCAAAGAUCUCAUUCCAAAUUGAAGACACUUUCUUGCUUCAGAAUCCCCCAUUCGUGAAGCCUGCAUUUUGCUUGGGCCUUUCCUGUCGUUCAUCCGUAUAUUUUGGCAUCAUAAAUUUUCCGAACUUCCAAUGGCUGGUACAAGCAGCAUGACCCUUAGGUAUCGCAAACAAGAUGUAAACUAUGCAGAUCGAAGCAAUCAUGAAAAUGAUGAACACAGUUCUGAUCCAGAUUAUUCAAGGGGUAUGCGUCAAGGAGGACGAAAAAAAAGAAAGAGCACAAGAGGUGGACAGGGUUUUGGAGGUGCAAAAACAAUAUCAUCCUCUCAAAGAGCAAUGCAGAGCUCAGGUGCAGAUUUGAAUGCAAGAUAUGGACAUGGUAGACGAGGUGAAAAGACAACCGUAUCCACAACACUGGAUAUGGAGACUCAAACGGUGGAUUUAAUUGAUGUUCCAUGUGCUGAUAACACCAUUGAGACUGAAAUGGUGGAACCAAGGUUAGAUUCAGUUGCAAGGCAUGGAGAGAGUCGUGGACAAGGUGGGAACUCAAGCUCUACAAGAGAAAUGGAGACUGAACUUGUGCAUUCAGGUGUGGUUGUGACUGAUAGAAAUGCAGCACAGAGUCAUGGACAAGGUGGAAAAGGUCAUAGGCAGGGUGGGCAUGGUGGUGGACAGGGGGGACAAAGGGGUAGGCAUGGUACAAAGAGUCCUGGAUCUCAGCAAAUGGAAGCCGAGGGGAAAAAAAACAAGGAAACUGGUAAUCCUGGACCAAGUUCAAUUGUGAAAAAAGGUCCGUCAUCAUCUAAAGGACAAGCUAUAAACAUAAGGAGAGGUUCACCUUUACCUCUACAAGGAAGGUCAUGUCAAAGAACCAUUCUGUCAUGGUUGAUUGAUCGUGAGGGUAUUAAAGAAUUUGAACAAGUGGGCUAUUUUUAUAGGUCUGAGCAGGUACCAACCGCGACGGGAUUAAUUACCAGGGGUGGUAUAUUAUGCUACUGCUGCCAGAGGGAAAUAUCAGUAUGGACCUUUGAGAAGCAUGCUGGAAGUGAUCUUGGAGAACCAUAUGAACAUAUGUACCUCCUUUGCAAACAUGAACGUACGUGCCUCCUUCGCAAACAUAAAGGUACGCGCCUCCAGGACCUCCUGAUUACUGCUUGGCAUAAUGAAAAGGAAAAACUCCGAUGUCGGUUUUCGUAUGUGCCCAAAGAAAACAGUGCAGAACAAAAUGAUGGUGCAUGUUCAAUCUGUGGAGAUGGGGGAGACUUGAUCUGCUGUGACACAUGUCCUUCCACAUAUCAUUCUUUAUGUAUGGAUAUGGAGAGGGUGUCCCAGAGUGGUUGGUUGUGUCCAUAUUGUAAAUGCAAAUACUGCAGGCUGGGGGAAGAGAGUCAGGUAUUUGUCACAUGCUCCCAAUGCGAAAAGAAAUUUCAUUCGGGGUGCUUGAAACUCUAUGAAAAAGAUUUCUCAGAAGAAUUCCUAGACCUUGGCCGUACAAAAUCAUACUGUGGGCCAGGCUGCCGAGAGAUCUAUGAGAAACUGGAGAACUCAUUGGGAAUCAGAAAUGAUAUCUCUGAAAGCUACUCUUGGAGGGUUAUCCAUCCAAAAGAUGUUAUCUCUGCUUCUAAUAGUACAUAUCUAGAAAAUAAUUUGAAGGUUGCAGUUACUUCGAUGUUAAUGGAUGAGACUUUUGCGACAAUUAUUGAUAAAAAGACGGGCAUCAAUGUUGUGCGAAGUAUUGUUUACAGUCACAGAGCAAACCUCAGUAGGGUAGACUUCAGUCGCUUUUAUACCUUUGUCCUGGAGAAAGACGAUGCGAUCUUAGCUGCUGCUUCCAUAAGGUUCCAUGGGAGAGGGAUGGCGGAAAUGCCCUUUAUUGCCACAGUUAAGGCAUACAGGGGCCAAGGAAUUUGCCGGUCAUUAAUGAAGGAAAUUGAAUCCUUCCUAUGCAGCCUUAAGGUCAAAACCUUGGUUAUUCCAUCUGUUCCUGAGACUGUUGAAAUGUGGACUCAGAAGUUCAAUUUCAAUGAGGUCAAUGAGGUUAACAGAGAGAUGAAGAAAGAAAUAUACGCUCAUAACAUCUUGAUGUUCCCUCGAACUAUGAUUAUGUACAAAGAUUUGUUUGUGAGAAUAUCAGAUGUAUCCAAGGCAAUGCAGAAUCUCAGAAUGACGAGGAACCACCACAAGCACUUCGAUUUGAAGUCCAGGAACCACAAAGGGAGCCGGCUGAGAGACCACAUCUUGAUUUGAAUGUGGAACCUCUGCAGGACUUUUAGCAAAAGUGUGAAAGUCAUAAUGAAAACUUCAGACAAUUUUCAACAUUUUUUCUUGAAUAUUUUUAAAUUAAUCCAUUACAGUAUAAAUUCUUGUUUGUUUAAAUUUCUAUUCAUAGGUAUCAUGUCUAUGGAUUUUAUUUUCA